ACUCCCUGCCACCGGACCCAUCAUACCCAUAAACCAUCACUCUUUCUUGGAUCAAGCUGCCGUGCGCCUCACAAUUCGAGAUUAGGCGACAUCUGAAGUCAUCAUGGCACUCCUUACGUACCCCUCUCUGGUCAACUACGAAGAGCAGCAAGCUGCUUUUGAGGACUUUUUGCGCUCUUUCAAAUCAUCGUCGACCGAGGCCGAAAAUGCGCUGGAUGAAUUGAACAUUAAUGACGACGAUAACGAUGAAUACGACUUCAUGGACGAGACGGCGGAGGGUGCUGGCCAGAGAAGGUCAAAAACAAAGUACAUGGACCACCUGCAGCGCGUAGCGGACAGGCAAGCCGACAAUGUCCUGAUCGACCUCGAUGAUCUGAAGCAAUACGAGAAUGCAUUGGAAGAUGGCGGCGCAUCACUCAAGCUGGUGUCGUCAAUCGAGCGCAAUGCCAACCACUACAUUGAGAUCUUCUCGCGCGCCGUCGACAAGCUCAUGCCGCAACCCAGCACCGACGUCAACUUCAAGGACGAUGUCAUCGAUGUCAUCCUCACUCAACGACAGAACGCGAACCGUGUCAUGCAACAGGCUCUCGAAGACGCCGUAGACAACAACGCUCCCGACUCCUUCUUCCCUGCCGCCCUCACCCGCCGCUACACCCUGAAUCUCAAACCCGUCACCCCUUCCGAGUCCAGCGAUGGCAAGAGCAGUAAAGCAAUGGCCGUUCGUCAAGUUCGUGGUGAACAUUUGGGUCACCUCAUCACAGUUCGCGGUAUCGCCAUCCGAGUGUCCGACGUCAAGCCUGCUGUCCAGGUCAAUGCAUACUCUUGCGACCGUUGCGGUCAGGAGGUCUUCCAGCCCGUCACCACAAAGCAGUACACACCAAUGGUACAAUGUCCUUCGGACGCUUGCCAGAAGAACAACGUCAAGGGUCAGCUUUUGCACUCAACCCGCGCCUCCAAGUUCCUCGCUUUCCAGGAGAUCAAGAUCCAAGAGAUGUCAGAUCAAGUCCCUGUCGGUCACAUUCCCCGUCAGUUGACCAUCUACUGCCAUGGCGCUCUAGCUCGUCAGAUCAACCCUGGUGAUGUCGUUGACGUUGCUGGUAUUUUCCUUCCUACACCCUACACUGGAUUCAAGGCCAUCAAGGCUGGUCUCUUGACCGACACAUACCUCGAGGCUCAAUACGUUCACCAACACAAAAAGGCCUAUGAGUCUAUGGUUCUGGCUCCCAGCACUGUACGCCGCAUGGCUGACCUGGAGCAGUCAGGACAGCUCUAUGAAUACCUCAGCAGAUCUAUUGCUCCUGAAAUUUUCGGUCAUCUCGAUGUCAAGAAGGCUCUUCUUCUGCAACUGAUCGGAGGCGUGACGAAGGAGAUGGGUGAUGGUAUGCGUAUUCGUGGUGACAUCAACGUCUGUUUGAUGGGUGAUCCUGGUGUUGCCAAAUCGCAAUUGCUCAAGUACAUCACAAAGGUUGCGCCGCGUGGUGUUUACACGACAGGUCGCGGUUCCAGUGGUGUCGGUCUUACUGCUGCGGUCAUGAGAGAUCCUGUCACAGACGAGAUGGUCCUCGAAGGAGGUGCUCUCGUUCUUGCAGACAACGGCAUGUGUUGUAUCGAUGAAUUUGACAAGAUGGACGACAGUGACAGAACAGCUAUCCACGAAGUCAUGGAACAGCAGACCAUUUCCAUCUCGAAAGCAGGUAUCACGACGACACUCAACGCUCGCACUUCGAUUCUGGCAGCAGCCAAUCCUCUCUACGGUCGUUACAACCCUCGCAUCUCUCCUGUCGAGAACAUCAACUUGCCCGCUGCAUUGUUGAGUAGAUUUGACAUUCUCUUCCUCAUCCUCGACACACCCUCCCGUGACGCCGAUGAAGACUUGGCCCGUCACGUUACCUACGUCCACAUUCACAACGCUCACCCCGAGCCCGCAGGCGGCGGUCUCAUCUUCUCGCCAAAUGAGGUCCGUCAAUGGGUGGCUCGCGCUCGUUCAUUCCGCCCCACCAUUCCCAAGGCCGUCUCCGACUACCUUGUAGGUGCCUACGUGCGUCUGCGUCAACAGCAAAAGCGCGACGAGUCGGCUAAGAAGACCUUCACCCACACAUCACCACGUACUUUGCUCGGUGUCAUGCGUCUCUCACAAGCACUCGCCCGUCUGCGCUUCGCAGAGGAGGUCAUCACCGACGAUGUCGAUGAAGCUUUGCGUCUCACCGAAGUCAGCAAGGCUUCGUUGUACGACGACGACCGCUCUCGUCGUGGCGACAUGAGCGUUAGCAGUCGUAUCUUCAACCUUGUCCGUGGCAUGCGUGAGAGUGGUGCUGCCGCUACUGGUGAAGGACGUGGCGAGCUCGAUCUCCGCCGUGUCAGAGAGCGUGUUCUUGCCAAGGGCUUUACCCUACAGCAACUCGAGUCUUGUCUCGAUGAAUACUCCGACCUUGACAUCUGGCAAACUGCUGCCGAGGGUACUAGACUCGUCUUCAUCGAGGCAGGUGAUGACAUGGAGGAUGAGGAAUAGAUCGCAUGAUACAGUAGAGGGAACGGUGAACGGAUCUAUACGAUGGAGCUUUGCAUUGUCAUUGUGUUUUCAGUUGGCGCUCAUGGAAGCUUUGUUUAUGGAAGGAAAUACCUGUACUAUUUACGCACCCCGAUCAAGAAGACGGGCGCAUCAUUCAACGUAUGCAAAAACAAAAAGAGUCAAAGCACCGCCCACCUAGCAUCGUGUGCUUCAGCCUAUGUUGUCCAGCGGG